GCCGUGACCAUCUCUUUCUUACUCGGGGGACUCUCGUCGGCGUCGGCGGCCACCGCUCGAAGCGCCGGAGUCUCCGUUCCGCACUAGCGCUCCGGCCACCGCGGGUCGCUUGAUAUGGCGCAGGCACCGGCGCGCGCCGCUUCCGCGUUGCGGCUCUUUGACGCGCACUGCCACCUGCAGGACCCGCGCGUGCUGGCCGUCGCCCCCUCCCUCAUACGCGCCGCCACCGCCGCCGGCGUCGUCCACUUCGCCGUCAACGGAACCUCCGAGAAAGACUGGCACCUGGUGAAGCAGAUGGCUGAGGAGCACCCGUCCGUCGUCCCCUGCUUCGGCCUCCACCCAUGGUGGGUACCGGAGAGGUCGCAUGAUUGGAUGGAUUCACUCCGGCGGUUCUUCGCUGAAACCCCAGAGGCGGCGGUUGGGGAGUAUGUUACUGUAAAGCAGAUUGGUCUGGACAAAGGUUCACAUGGAAAAACCAUUGACUUUGGAGAACAGGUUGAAGUUUUCCAGCGGCAACUUGAACUUGCUAAGGAGUUGAACAAGCCCGUUUCUGUUCAUUGUGUCCGCGCCUUUGGUGAUCUUCUGGAGAUACUAAAGCAAAUUGGUCCUUUCCCAGCUGGUGUGUUGCUACAUUCAUAUCUGGGAUCUGCAGAAAUGGUGUCCAGCCUUGCAAAUUUAGGCUGUUACUUUUCGUUAUCCGGUUUCCUUACAGGCAUGAAAUCCAAUAAGGCAAAGCAAAUGCUAAAAGCAAUACCCUUGGACAGAAUUCUGCUAGAAACUGACGCACCAGAUGCAUUACCAAAACUGGAUGAUAUUUCUCUAUUAGCAGUACCUGUGGACAGCUCAAAUGCAGAUAAUGAAGAAUUUAAAAAAGAUUCUAAUUCACAGUCAUCCACCACUUCGAAUGAGUCUUUGAACCAUCCAUCUAAUAUCCACAUUGUUAUGAAGUAUGUCGCCUCUCUGCUUGAAAUAUCAGAGAUAGAACUUGCUGAGGUGACAUACAAGAAUGCAACCAGGCUGUUUUCUUAUCAUGGAUCCAAAGUUCACACUGAAGUGGAAGCUGUGUGGUUGGGUGGUCAUCCAAUUUGAACCCUGUUCCUCUGAAUUCUGGUGCGUAUGUUCUGCCUCUAAAUAAUGCCCGUUAUAUUGUAUAGUACUAGUAACCGUAAGUCCGUAACACAAAAGAAAGUGAUUAUUUAGUUAAGGACGGUGCUAUGUUGGCAAUGUCUUAUUGCGAUUUUACAUUCCUUAAGAUGAGACAACAAGGUAUCUACAUGACUAUUGAAUACACCGUGACUGGCAACCAACCAAUGGUCCUGGCCUCUACUGGACUAUUAUUUUCUGUGCCAAAAAGUGGAAACAAAUAGUAGCUGCCAGUGCUUUAUAGUGGGUUUUGAUUUGGCACUAAUAAACUGAUAACAUGGUGCAAAUGCUGGUUGCAACGGCAACUUGCCAAUUUCUGAAAGGAGCAUUUGCGACUCAACAAUAAAGAGUAUUUUGUUUUACUUUGCACCGGCUUAGUACAUAUUUGACACUUUGCAUCGGGGUAUAUCAAAAUAAGUUUUACUUUGCACUAGAUUAUGUAUACAAUUGAAGGAAAAUCUUAUAUGACAUGAGUAAAUUUAUUAAACUUU